GAAAAAUGUUUGAAAGGAAUCACAAUCUGAUUACAGGUCAGAUGUCAUUGUAGCAGAUUUAGGGUGCUCUCAUACCUCAUAUAUGUUAUAUAUAAUCGCCCCUCAAUCCAAUGAUAAAUCAACUAAUAUAACAAGUGUUAGCGAAGCAGUCACGAAGCCAAAAUAUCCAGAAGUGACAAAAGGAACAUUCAACCUCUGCAUAUACCCACACGCCCCAUUAUGCAAAUAUAAUGAAGGUGCUAGUAGUGAUAAAACUGUUGAGAUCAAUAAAGCCACAUUAUUUGUAACGUCACUAUAUCAAGAUCCAACAAUGUUUCGUGGAGGAGAGGAAAUCGUAUGUGCAUUGAACAAAACAGCAGAGCACAGAAGGCUAAAUAGAUUUUCUACGAAUGAAACUAAAAACAAACCAACUGGAAGCUUGAAAUCGACCACGUGACCGUCCGAGAUCCCAGAGAAAAUUUUAUCCUUACGUAUUCCAUUAGAGAAGAAGAGGAGGUGAUACGAUGGGU